CUGUGUUAUGGUGAUGAGCGGUUUCACACAUCGUAAAUCUGUUAAAUUUCCAUCUUAAUCUCGUCCUCUCCCCAUUAUAAAAUAUUUGAUACUUUCCAUAACGACAUCAUGUCUGUUCUUUGUUAUUCUCACGGACGCAUCUUUUCUUCGACACGUUUGUGCCCAUAAAGCACCGUAAAAUACUGAGACGACAAAGGCACGAUGGAAUUAUAUUAAAUUUAGCGUUUUAGAAUUAAAUUAUUAACAUAUUCCCCUCAAGCACGAGUGUUAAAUAGACGAUCUUAGAAGAUCGCCUUGUCAACAGAUGAGGAGGCGCCUACUCUACUCUAUAGCCUAGCAUCCACGUUAGCAUCUGGCUGCCAUACAGACGUUUCGAUUGCUUGUCGACUCACCAAAAAUAUGAAGCAAAGAACGAGCUGACCAACAGCAUACUGGACAGGUUGAAGGGAAGCGGGGGAGUUUUAAUGACAUGUUCAUGGAGAAAUAAAGCCCACGGAUGGAAACCCAGAGGAAGGGCUCUGGAGAUGAUAAUGGAGGAGAGCGAGGCCUGUUCCAUACCUGGAAGGGCUACUCUUACAGUGUGGCCCCAGAGAAACUGCUCCUUCCUCACUCAGUUCUUCAGGUCGCUUUGGGCAGAAAUCAUGGGGUUCUGCUGGUGGAAGGAUGUCAGGUGUUCACUUUCGGGCACUUGCCAUGGAAGCAGAGUCAACUGGCAGAGCUCGCGACUCCCAUUUUGGAGAGUGCACUUAGUGGACAGCGAGUUGUUUCUGUGGCGGCUGGAAGCUUCCACAGUGGGGCGGUAACAGAGGAGGGCGGCGUCCACAUGUGGGGUGACAACAGUGCCGGACAAUGUGGUUUGUCAGGCCUCAGCUCUGUCCCCAACCCAACUCCAAUCCCUCUGGCAGACUCUGACUGUAGCUCCUUGCAGACUGUGCCUGUACUGGAGCUCGCCUGUGGGGAACAGCACACUUUGGCGCUCUCAGUCCAGCGCGAAGUUUGGGCUUGGGGAAGCGGUUCCCAGAUGGGCCUCAGCACCACUGUUUUUCCUGUCUGGAAACCGCAAAAGGUUGAGGUACUGGCAGGCAGGUUUGUACUUCAGGUGGCCUGCGGAGCUUCACACAGCCUGGCUCUGGUGCGCUGCCAGGGCCCCCAGGACAUCCAACGACCCCCUGCAGACAAAUGUGGAAAGUGUAAGCAGUUGCUGUACACCAUGACAGACAAAGAGGAUCAUGUCAUCAUCUCUGAUAGUCACUACUGCCAGCCUUGCUUAGCGCGGCCAAAGGACGGGGAGAGCCUUCAAGUGCCUUCAACUCCUGGGCUGAAGACUUCCCCAUCAGAGCCUGCUCUUUCUUCUAAAACCUAUGCCUCACCACCUCAAUUAGUGUCUCCAGAACCUGUAAAUAACAUUGACCCAUCCAAAUUACAGAAUUUGGAGAAUCAAGAGUCAUCUUUGACAAGGGAGAAAUUACCGUCAUCAGACUUUGAGCUCUCAGGGACAAAGACUAGCGAGGUCACGAGUUCCAAAUGUUCACCUUAUCCAGAUGAGCAGGCGGUCAAAGAGUACCUGAAGAAACUCUCCGAUAACACCCAGGCUGAAAAAACACCAAAGGCGACAAUGGGAGGACUGCACACACUACUGCCUUCAGCAGCCGGAAUUAUCAGCUCCUCCAGCAAUCCCCUGAACAGCCUAGUUGCCUCCUGCGCUUCUGCGGUUGGCGAAAGGGUUGCCUCCACUUAUGAGGCACUGUCGUUUAAAAAGAUGAUGAACCUCUAUCUUCCCACUGGAUCACUGAAGUCAGGCGGCCAAGACAGGCUGACAGCAACCAUUCUCGGAGCGGGUGAUAACAGCACCGAGUGUGUCGGUCAGGAAAACUCUGUUCAGGCGAAGAAGAGUUCCAGUACUGGGGAUAUCCAGGAAGAGGAGGCAGAACGCCUGCAGCGUCGACUCUCGCUCCCAGGACUCCUCUCACAUGUGUCCCCACGGUUGCUACGCAAGUUCAGCCGUUCUAAAAUGGGCACCGCAGCGCUGUCGUUAUCGGGAAUAGCCGCCCCCGCAGAUCAGGAGGUUCUUCCGUCCCUGCAAACGGAGGUGUGGAGCUGGGGUCAUGGUGAACAAGGUCAACUAGGUCAUGGGGACAACCUAGACAGAUUACAACCGCUCUGCAUCAAAAGUCUCAAUAGUAAAGAAGUUGUGCGAGUGGCGGCUGGUGCUCAUCAUUCUCUCGCUUUGACUGCCCAAUCACAGUUGUUCUCAUGGGGAAGCAAUAGCCAAGGCCAAUUGGGCCACAUGGUGUCCCCCAGCACAUUACCUCGGCUCGCUAAGCUGUCAGAGGGUAUUCGGGUCUGGGACGCAAGUGCUGGAGAGCGUCACUCUCUAUUACUUGCUGACGGAGACUGUAUCCAGCCCAUUAUUUAUUACAGUGGAGAGCAAGUCGAGGCUACCAAGGAGAGUAGCAAACAGGAAAAAGAGGAAGAGACAUCUGAUGGCUACACCCAACAGCCGGUGCUGUUGCCCUUCUGCAUGAAUUUGGGAUUCGUGAGUAGCGUGUUUGCUGGUGGCCGGCAGUGUGUAGCACUCUCAGACAAGAAUGUGAUGGGCUUUAUUGCUAGCCUCCAUGAGCUGGCGUCAGCUGAGAGAAAGUUCUACUGCAAACUAUGUAACAUCAAGACUCAGGUCUUAAGCCCUUUGUUGGAUCUUGAAUCUCUAUGUGCCAGCCUUGGCCCAGUGAUCUUCAAGCUCAUGCAGACGCUUGCCACUCAAUUUAGGCAGUUAUGUCACCUGACUGGACAACAUGCAGUCAGUCUCACAGCAAACCUACGACAGAGUCGAAGUAUUAAAAGUCUGUUCAUCCUUGAACACACUAAAAUCUUCCAGGACUCCUAUAAUGAAUACUGCAACACUUUGGAUGACUUCCAAGUGAUGGGAGGCUUCCUGACUCUAACUAAACCAUCGUUAGAUUUGUUUGGAAAGAGUCCUGAGCUGCUACAGAGGUUGGCGGAGUGCAACGAGGGGAACCUCACUGUGGUGGAACUACUGGUGGCGCUUUUCUGCCUCCCUACAUUUCAUCCGCAGGAAUAUGGACGACUGCUGCUCAAACUUGCCACAUGUUUUGAAGUGAGCUCCACUGAGUACCAGCGACUGCAAGAGAGCUGCUCCAAGUUUGAAGCUUUGGAUCUUUUUCUAAAGAGGAGAAGGAAGGAAGCUGAGUACACCUUUCUCUUCUGGAAAGGCUUCCCUGGCAAAAUGACGGAUUCUCUACGAAAGCCUCACCGUCGCCUUAUCUGUGAGAGUAGCAACAAAGCUCUGACGCUACAGAAUUCUGGAAGGUUCUCGGUCAACUGGUUCAUCCUUUUUAACGACGCUCUUGUUCAUGCACAGGGCAUGGCGCCUUACAAAAACCUUUUCUCCACCCAUCACAUCUUCCCCUUGGCCACACUGUGGGUGGAGUCUAUUCCAGAGGACAACACUGGUCUACACGGGCUGAAACUGAUCACACCAGAAGAGAUGUUCACUCUUGUAGCCAGCUCCGCCACGGAGAAGGCUAAGUGGAUCCGUUAUAUUAACCAAACAGUGGCUCAGGCCCUGGGCUUAGGUGAGGGACAACAGUUUGAGCCUCCCAUUUGUAGAAGCGCCACAUACACGUUUUACAAAGACGGACGGCUAAAAGAUGCGACGUAUGAGGGACGGUGGCAGGCUGGAAAGCCUCACGGCAGUGGUGUGAUCACUUGGCCUGAUGGGAGGAUUUACACAGGCUCAUUCAAGAAUGGACUGGAGGAUGGAUUUGGUGAAUUUGUGGCUCCAAAUAAGUCCCUGAACAAAAGUGAUCACUAUGAAGGUUACUGGAGGGAUGGCAAAAUGCAUGGUUUGGGAACGUACAGAUAUGCCAACACCGAGGUCUAUAAUGGGUCCUACCAGGAAGGCCUGCGGCACGGCCACGGAAUGCUACGCACUGGCAAGCUCAACACCUCCUCGCCCAGCGUCUUCAUCGGCCAAUGGGUACACGACAAAAAGACUGGCUAUGGCGUCUUUGAUGACAUCACCAAAGGCGAGAAGUACAUUGGCAUGUGGCAUGACAACAUGCGACACGGCACCGGGGUUGUGGUGACUCAGUUCGGCCUUUACUAUGAAGGAUCCUUCAAAGACAACAAGAUGAUGGGCACUGGAAUCCUUUUGUCAGAGGAUGAUACUUCAUAUGAGGGGGAGUUUUCUGAUGACUGGACCCUUAACGGCAAGGGAAUACUGACAAUUGCCAAUGGUGACUACCUAGAGGGCUCCUUCAAUGGAGAAUGGGGUGCUGGUCCCAAAGUUACUGGCUCCUAUUUCAAGCCGCAACUUUUUGAAACUGACAAAGAGAAGACUCGUCCUGUGAAGCUGGGCCGUCUAUGCGUGAGCGCUGAAGAGAAGUGGCAGGCGGUGUUUGACGAGUGUUGGAGCCAAUUAGGCUGCGAGGCUCCCGGCCAGGGAGACAAUUGCAAAGCAUGGGACAACAUUGCUGUGGCCCUCACGACCAACCGGCGACAAAUUCAGGACAGUCCAGAAAUGCUGUCUCGAAGUCACAGCAGAACUCUAGAGAGUUUAGAGGUGAUCCCCCAGCAUGUAGGCCCCAUUACUAUGGAACGAUAUCACGCUAUUCGUCUCUACCUCAUUAAGGCAUGUGAUACCCCGCUGCACCCACUUGGCCGGCUUGUGGAAGCCUUGGUAGGGGUCUACAGGAUGACGUAUGUUGGUGUCGGAGCCAACCGCCGACUCCUGCCACAGGCCGUCAGCGAGUUAAAAUCAUACCUUUACCGCAUUUUCCAGAUCGUAAGGUUUCUGUUCCCAGACUUGCCAGAAGAUGGCGGCAUAAUUCGAGAGCCGACCAGCCUUCAAGAGAAAGAGAAUGAAGUGUCCAAGACGAACAUAAACCAAAACACGGAGCAGUCCCUCCUCAGUCAAGUGGUGAGCAGCUUGGCUCUGCUACUUCCUGUCCUGUUGCCUCGCCUCUACCCACCGCUCUUCACCCUCUACGCUCUGGAUAAAGAGCGCGAAGACGAUGUCUACUGGGAGUGUGUCCUCCGCCUCAACAAGCAGCCCGACCUGGCUCUGCUCGCCUUUCUGGGUGUCCAGCAGAAGUUCUGGCCUGUUUCAGUCUCCAUACCAGCACAUACAGAAAACCUACAGGUCCUGUCCAGCACCAAGGAUACUUGCUUUGCAAGUGCAGUCGAAACUCUGCAGCAAAUCAGCACAACUUUCACCCCAUCAGACAAACUGCACGUUAUCCAGCUGACCUUUGAGGAGAUCACAAAGGAAGUGCAGUCCCUGCUACGGCAGGAUUUCCUUUGGUCCAUGGAUGACCUAUUUCCUGUGUUCCUCUAUGUGGUGCUGCGAGCUCGCAUCAGGAACCUUGGGUCGGAAGUCAACCUCAUCGAAGAUCUGAUGGACCCUUGCAUACAGCAUGGAGAGCACGGAAUCAUGUUCACCACUUUGAAGGCCUGUUACUACCAGAUCCAACAUGAAAGGAUAACUUAAUAAGUCUGCUUCUUCAUUCUCUGGCGCGUUUGCCUUGGCUCCUCCUGCGCCGUCAGCCUAUCACGGAGGCACAGCUGAGUUCGUUAUGCUUAGCGACCAUCUGCCGCUAUCAUCAGUUGGAGACCACUGUCCCCCGUCUUUGUUACCGUGAGCAGCUGCGUGAGUGCUGUUACAGGCCACGUGCAGCACCACUUCAAACCGUCCAUAUGUGAAUCUGACGUGCCCUGAAAGUUUCCUGCGUGUUGUUGGGAGGCACUAAUGAUUCCACUUUUCUUCGUGUGAAAAGAUUAGUUUUUUAUUUCUAGAGGCUCCGUGUGGGACAUUUUGCAGCCUGUUAAACAAUUUAGGAUAUAUUCCUACCAAGCAGUAAACAUUGGGACACUAUAUCCGCCACCACUGAAUUCAAUAUGAGAUUCAGAAUUGGAAAAAAAAUGAACUGAUUUAGUUUUUUUUCCUUGGCAUUUGGCUCUCGUUCACAUGACAAACUUUAUGUGGCUCUCGUUUACAUGACAAACUUUGAGAAUAGAUGUUUUUUUUUCUCCACAUUUGUUUCCAGGUGCACACCAUACCAAAAUUACUCAUCUUUAUCAAACCCGAUGCAUGCAAAUGAUAAGGGCACACUGACUGCUCGCACAAAUGUUCUGUCAUUUUGUAAGCCCUCACUAUACAGAUUGGUUUGUCAUUUUGUCUCCAUCUCGGCUUUGUCCUAAAAGGGCUUGAGCGGGAUUAUUUUGAGUUCUCUGAUGAUUUAACAGUGGAAGUGAUUUCAGCCACUACUGAAACCUUCCUGUGGAAGACACUAAAACCAACGCAGAUUUUACCAUUCACUUCUUGAUUUGACGUAACUUGCCUCAUAAAAGCUCUACAAACAACUGCUCACAUGUCCAAUUUGUGUGAAACAAACAAAUGAGAUGGGCGUACAUCAAAUGCAGUCAUAGUAUACUAGUAACUUGGGUAGGCUUGACCAUAGAAGAUUUUCACCUGUUUUGGAAUAUUUGGUGUCAUCCGAUGCAAUUCAAUUGAGUUUUUACUUGUUAUUUAUAACUUGCAGAAAAAGUAUAAAAAUGGUUUAUUUAAGUCCAUUUUUUAAACAGUUUUGAACAAGUACUUUUUAUUUCCACAGCAUGUGAUGUAACACUGACAUGAAGGUGCAGUUUUGCCACCGUUCAUUGGAAUACAUUUUAAGGUCUAUUUGUCAUUGCUAAACGGUGGAUUCAAAACUACACAAAUGCUUGCAAAGAACUUUUUAAUUUCUCAUAAAAGCCAAUCGUGUGACAAUUAAAAGUGGGUUCAAA